CAGGUGUACCUAAAAUAUAUGGUGGAAUAUGAACCAAAAUAAAAUUAAAAUACCCAAAUUCAUCAAAUAACAUGGUGUUUUGUUUACCCGUACUUGUAUUCACGGUCGUAUAGUAUAAGCAAAGAAUAGUGUAUGAGUAUGGCAUUUUCGUAAAAAAUAUAUUUUGCAAAAUUCUUUCCUGGGUGCUUUUAUUAUUUUUCCGGGAAAUCUCUUGGUUAAUCUGAAGUACAGGGUACUCAAUAUUUAUAAUGACCAUCUCCAGGAAUUGUCAAAAUGCUCCUGUGAUGGAUUAUAAUACACCAGAGAUGGAAACUCCAGCAAAACUGCCUGGUCACGAACCAGCAGUUGGUUUUACGAGAAAACUCCUUCCAUUGGCAGCAUUCUUUAUGGCCUUCACCACUGUUAUGACUGUAUUGAUAGUUUAUAUGGAUAAUACUGCUAUGAGGCAUUAUCAGUUUCGGGUGAAUAUGAGUCAAGAUUAUGAUCUUUUGGGUGUUUCCCAAGAUGACCCACAACUAGUUAUGUAUAUUCGUGAGGUUCACCUAUCUCCGGCAAUCGAACUACAUCAUAAACCUUUAGAAUCUAAAGAUGAAAUAUCCCAAGACACUGCUUAUGUGCUAAAGCUUUUGAAGAACAAGCAAAAUGGUUUAUUUGUUGAAGCUGGAGCAUAUAAUGAUGGAAAAACCUCGAAAACAGAAUGGCUAGAAGAGAAAUUCAAUUGGAAAGGUCUCCUAAUUCAACCUGAUCCAAGACACUACUUCAAUCUCAGAAGACAUAACCGAAAACGGUCACAGGCUAUCCAUGCUUGUCUAAGCCCCACUCCUUAUCCAAAAGAGGUAACACUCCAUCAAGAAUCUGAAGGAGUGAAAAUAAACAGCAUACACUCCAGCCUUCUUGAUGACAGUGAUUGGUUCAAUACCAGAGUGAAAUGUUUUCCUUUAUUUUCUCUUCUUUUGGCCAUGAAUAUAACAAAUAUUGAUUAUUUCAGCUUAGAGACAGGUGGUACAGAAUUGCAAGUACUUGAAACUAUACCAUUUGAACGGGUCAAUAUAGAAAUUAUAGGUGUCCACUUGACCACAAAUGACACUGAAAAGGGAACAAUUAGAAAAUUUUUGGCCACCAAACAGUAUAAAUUCAUGCAGAGUUUCAAGACCUCUUAUAUAUUCAUGAUGAAUCAUGUGAAAAUAUAAAAGUUUCACUAUUGGAGGAAAUGCAGGCCAUAGUAUUGCAAAAUAAACUUGAAAGAAAAACAAAUCAUCAACUCAAUAUUUAGUCAAGGAAAUAGUUUUAAAAAUCAAUUGAAUCACAUUUGAUUCAAACAUUUCAUAUAUGUAUUGACUGUGAGAAAACUGCAGAAAUUUUGCAAUACUAGCUUCAAUAUCUUCCUAUGAUUUUGACAAGACUCUCUUAUACAAAUGUUUCAUGGAAGAAAUUUCAGAAAUUGUUUAUGUGUAAAAUGUAUUUCUGAAUCUCCAUGAAAUCUGAUGUGCCUUCACCACUCAUUUUAACCCUCUAGUGCACUUAUAGGUAGGUGAUAGAUGAGUAAGUUUUAUUUUAUGGAGACUGAUAGCAGCUUUUCAAAAUGUUAGUAGCAUAGAGAUGCCUAAAUUUAAGGUGUACCAGGAAAAUUACAGAGUUUACUAGCCUCUUCGAAAUAGUUUGUUUGGCCUAUAAGGCUGUUAUUUAUUUCAUCAGCAUAGUUUGGCACAGACUAUUUAUUUUGUCAUUUUUGAAAAAAAUUUCAAGGUAGGUACUGUUAAAAACAAAUUCUUUCGAAAUUUGUUUCCCCACUUCAGCUAUGUAAGUUUCAGCAAAAAAGACAAGUUUGAG